GACGUCAUUUGUUUACGAUCUGUACCGGAAGCGCGUUCUUGCGGCUGCAGUGGCGUCACUGGGCACAUCAGCUGGACCAUCAGAUGUAAACACACUUAACUGUCUUCUUCAUCAUUGUCAUCCUCAUUAUCAUUAGGCGAGUGACAGCUGUCAUCUGCAGCCACAGACUACUUCACAACAUUUCCGUUUCAGAGUCGCAUUACUAGCAGUGUGGAGUUGCACACAACAAUGUGAGCAGAUCCACUUUGUGUUUUCGUUUCAUGUCAAGAUGGCAGAUGAUUUGGUCUCUAGCACAGCCGGGGCACGGGGAGCCGGUUGGUCCUCUCAGGCCUGCGCCAAGCAGAAAUACCGCAGUAAUGCCCAUUCACAGGGACUUCUGGAGGGGCUCCUGAUGCUGCGACAAGACAGAAUUUUGUUUGAUGUGGUGCUCAUAGUAGAAGAAAAACCCAUCCAAGCUCACCGUAUCCUCCUGGCAGCCUCAUGUGAUUAUUUCAGGGGUAUGUUUGCUGGAGGUCUGCGGGAGAUGCAGGAAACCGAAAUCCCUGUUCAUGGAGUCACUUACACAGCAAUGACUAAACUGCUGGACUUUAUUUACACAUCUGAGCUGGAACUGGAUCUGGAUACGGUGCAAGAGGUGCUGUGUGCAGCCACUUUACUUCAGGUCCAAGAUGUGAUUGGCUUCUGCUGUGACUUCCUGUUCUCCUGGCUGGAUGAUGACAACAUCCUGGAGGUGGAAAAACUAGCGGACAUCUACGGACUGAAUCAGCUCGGGGAGAAAAUUCGCUCGUAUCUGCUCAAGAACAUCCAGGCCUUCUCGCGCACUCCUGUGUAUCGGAAGCUUCCUGCAGAUAAAGUGUUGAGCGUUCUGUCCAGCAAUGAACUGGAGGUGAACUCAGAGAAUGAAGUGUUUGAGGCCGCCCUGCAUUACCAUUACACCCCUGAAGAGGUGGAGAAGGAUCAGGUGUUCCUGCAGGAUCGAUUGCAAAUGUUGGAAGCAGUGCGUUUCUGUCUGAUGGAGAAGAACGUACUUCUGCGUCUGCACAGUCGGUUAAAACAGUGCCCGCUGCGGGACUCUGUUGUCGCCGCUCUGCGUUACCACAGCCAGGAGCUAUUGCAACCGGUAAUGCAAACCCCACUAACUCAGCCGCGCUGCAUCACCCAGUGCAUUGUGGGAUUUGGUGGCAUGUAUUCAUCACAUGCACUUGUAGACAAUGAAGAACGGUUCCAGGUGUUUCACCCCUCCUGGUGUGAGUGGCGUAGUCUGCCUGCAGACCGAGCUCCUCGCAUGUCCAACAUGGGCAUCGCUGUACUAAAUAACUUCGUCUACUUGGUCGGGGGAGACAAGAACAGCAGUGGCUUCCGUGCUGAGGCUCGAUGUUGGCGGUACGACCCUCGACACAACAGCUGGUGCACUAUUGAAUCUUUACAGCAGCAGCAUGCAGAUCAUUGCGUCUGUGUGGUUGGUGAAUAUAUCUAUGCCAUAGGAGGACGUGACUACAAAAAUGAAUUGGAGUGUGUGGAGCGCUACAACCCUCAGACCAACACCUGGGAAUAUGUUGCACCACUGAAACGAGAGGUAUAUGCCCAUGCGGGAGCUGUGAUCGAUGGGAAGAUCUACAUCGCAUGUGGUCGGCGAGGAAUGGCUUAUCUGAAGGAGACUUACUGUUAUGAUCCCUGUGGAAAUCACUGGAGCGUGUGUGCUGAAGGCCCAGUGGAGCGAGCCUGGCACGGGAUGGCGGCACUGAACGGCCGGGCUUAUGUCAUCGGAGGAAGCAACGAUGGUUGUGGUUACCGAAGAGACGUCCUCAAGGUGGCAUGUUAUAACCCAAUAGCAGAUGUCUGGUCAGUGGUGAGCCCGCUGCCCGCUGGACAUGGAGAGCCUGGCAUGGCUGUUCUUAAUGGAUGCAUCUACGUCCUGGGUGGAAGGUCGCACGAUAAGGGCAGUCGUAUGAAGUACGUUCACAUUUAUAAGGCAGAGGAAGACCAAUGGGAGACCGGAACGGGCCUUGAGGAUCGCGUCUCUGGACUUUCAGCAUGUGUCGUACUCUUGCCACGGGCAGCCGUGGCUCAGGCACGGAGCUGGGAGCAAAGAACCAAGGCAUCAUGGGAGGAGAUAGACUCUGACAACUCCAGCGAAGAUUAAAACGUAAGUGUGCAACGUUAUAGGGAUGUCUUUUGUUUGGCUUGGCUAUAGGUUUGAGAUGUCUGAUUUAUUCUGGUGAAUCUCGCAAAAAAAGUCCAGUAACAUCAAAAGAAACAACAGCAAAUUUGUUUUGCAUAAUUGUACUUAUUCUUUUCUAUGAUAGGUGCUGUUUCCUUUAUGCAAAAUAUAAUUGCUAAUAUUUGAGAGGUUUUAAUCAGAUUUGUGCCAACUUACUCAAAAUGUUGAUUUGUUUCUGAACUACACUGAUAAUAAAAUCUGUGCUACUAUGGGACAGUGAUGGGUUACACUGUAUAUGCACUUUAAAAAAAGGAGAUCAUUUGAUUUUGCUUGUAAUGACUGUGCCUUUCUUUUACUUGCCUUUUAUGAAUACAUUUUAAGGAUGUGCAAUAACAUGAUUUUAAAGGAAUGAGUAUUGGUCAUUGAAUGACUCUUGAGUUUCUCCAAAGAGAGGUAAAAAGUUAUGUACAGCCCCUCUGACAUUGGCAUUUUUUAUGAUUUUUAAAUUCCUGUAAAUUAUUAUGCACUGAAGUGGGAUUAAAGCCACAAUAUGUAGGAUUUUCCCCACUAGAGAUCCCUAUUCACAGUAACACAAUAACAAAGGUGAAGCUUACUGACGUUAUUAAGGAGAGUGAAACGAUAAGAGAUGUUAUUUUCACCAUCCAGAAAUGUAUGAAAUUCGCUAUUCAUGUUAAUGAAUUAAUGUUUUAUUAACUGUACGUUUGAUCAUAUUAUUUUAUGCCGUCGUAAUGAAUUAGCUGCAAGGCACAACACCUGCGUGUAAGCUGCUCUAUAACGGCCAGUUCCGCAUUGGUCCACUUGUGUUGCCAUUGCUUCUACAACCGGAAACCGAGGAUAGUGCGGAUAUUAAAGGGACACUCCACUUUUUUUUGAAAAUAUGCUAAUUUUCCAGCUCCCAUAGAGUUAAACAUUUGAUUUUUACUGUUUUGGAAUUCAUUCAGCUGAUCUCUGGGUCUGGCGGUAGCACUUUUAGCAUAGCUUAGCAUGAUUCAUUGAAUCUGAUUAGACCAUUAGCAUAUAAUAAUAAUAAUCAAUCAUAAUAAUCAAGGACUUUGCUGCUAUGACCGCAGGAGGCGCAAUGAUGUUACGGAGCAGCCAAAAAUAGUCCACUUAGUAUCUUUCAAUGGCAGGGGACUAUUUUCGGGCAGUACGUAAUAUCACUACGCCUGCUGCAGCCAUGUUACGGCAGCAAAGUCAUUGAUUAUUACGCCAGAAUGAGAGUAUAGUUCCUAUCCAUAUCUGCCUAGAAAAUCACAACUUUUAAUUUUCUGUCGGUCUUAGUACACGAUGUAACUACAGAAGAGUCAAGUUUUAAAGAGGAAAAAUAUUUUAACUCGUUGGUAAUUUUUGAGCACGAUGCUAAUGGUCUAAUCAGAUUCAAUGGAUUGUGCUAAGCUAUGCUAAAAGUGGUACCACCAGACCCAGAGAUCAGCUGAAUGGAUUCCAAAACUGUAAAAAUCAAAUAUUUAACUCUGGAAAAUGAGCAUAUUUUCAAAAAACCUUUAAAUCACUAAAAGGGCGAUAAUUACAAGGGAGACAAGCCAUUAUUUGAAACAGGAAUUGGGAUUUACAAAUCCUUGGGAAGUUUUGGGAAAGCUGUAUUAAAUAUAUCACAAUGUGCAAGUGGUUUUUGGAUAUUUUAUUACAAGAAUCUUACAUAUUGUGGCUUUAAAACACUUCUUUUUAAUUUUCAAUCUUGAAUCAGAUUUAUUUGACUCUGACUGUCAUAAUGGAGAUUAUGCAAAUCUGCAAAUAUAUUUAUCGAACAAUUUACAAAAAAAAAAUGCUUAUACAAUCUCUGAUAUAUCUAACAUAAUUAAUAGCCAUUGGCUGCGCUUUAAUACACAACUUAUUUUGAAGAUAACUAUAAAUGCACUCUUAAAAAUGUUGAGUUUCUGGGUUUUCAACAUUUUUUAGAGUGUUGGGAUUAUCAAAUCAUUAUUCCUAAAAUUAAUUGUGUUUCAUAACAUUGAAAACAUUUGUUUUAACUGCUUUCUUACCUGUUUGCAAUGUAAAACAUUAAUGAUCAUAUUAACAAUAAAGACAAAUCUACUGUAUUGCAGCUGUAUGGAUUACAUUAUAAACAUUACACAUCAAAGCGUUGUCAUGUUUAAAUAAACUGAGAUCAAUACACACUCAGAAUUAAGGUACAAGAAGGUACAAAAGUUGUCACUGGACCUUCUCAAAAAGUACAAGGUGCAUACUGGUACCUCAAAAGUACAUAUCUGUAACAAAUUGGUUCAUAUUAGGACCUUUUUAAAACGUAUCGUCCCAGUAACAACUUAGAGGCAAAUAAAAGACACAAACCACUUUUCUCUUAAUGUAAGGAUUGUUGAAUUAUACUAUAGUGAUGCAUAUGGUUGUCAUUAUAGUGUUCAAUGUUCAGUUGUUUUAACAGCCUCUGUUAACCGAGGGUUUUUUUAUGUUACCCAAAGGUGUUUUUAGCUCUUCAGUUCAAUAUUGGUCUUGAGGGUUUUUACACCAUAAACAUUUGUAUUUUCUUUCUCUCGAGCACUUCAUUUACAGACAUAAAAAGCCUUUCAGCAUCUGCUCAAUUGAUUUUCCUUACAUUCACAACAAUCUAAUUGGGAAUACACUGGGAUUUUUUGCCCAUAACAGGGAAGUUUAUACAAACAUCAGGCAAAUAAUUGUGAACGAUGUCUGAGGAGAACAGACUUAUUUUUUUGUGAUUUUUCUCGUUUUAUCAUAUUAUUAACAAUGAUUGGUUUAUCAGGAUAGGUUUUUUUUAAUUUUCUAGU